AUGGCGGGAAGCUACCGAACUGGCGAUACGUUUCGGCACUAUCAAGCCUUGGGUCAACUCACCGUUGAUAGCCAGGAGCCUCUACAAACUGCAGAGACAACUGAUCAGUAUCCCCUAGGCUGGAAUCCGUCUGGAGCCAGUCAAGAAACCAGUCAAGAACAGGAAGCCAGUCAAGAGCAAACUGACCAUCAAAUUGAUCAACGUGUAGAAAAUUCUGGAAGACAAGGAAGAAAGAGAAAGUCUCGUCAAUUUUCUUAUGAAGAAACGACGUGCCUCAUCAACCUGUGGUCACACUCGCGAAUACAGAAUCUCCUGACAAAGCCUGGUAGCAAGAGCAAAAUAUGGCAGGAAAUAUCACAAGAUCUAGCCAAACAUAAGUUCAUCAGAACACCAGAGCAGUGCAAAGAAAAAAUAAAUAAUCUAAAAAAAGAUUACAGACUGGUCAAGGAUCGAGUAAGAAGAAGUGGAGAAGGAAAUACAACAAGUGAUUUUGCGUACUAUGAUGCUAUGGACAUGGUGUUAGGUGACUGUCCAUCUGUGUCACCUACUAAUGUAUACGAGUCUUCUGAUGGUAUCUGUACAUUAUUGUCCUCUUCCUUAGUUGCCUCUCCGUACGACUCUACUCAAACAGGAGCUGAAUGUGUAUCCAGAAAUAGCAGUGGUACACCUCCAGAUUGCAGUGACCAAAGCCCAUGCUUCUCUGAAACACCUGCCAGUUCUAGUAGGCACCAUACCCCUCCUAGUGCACCUCCUAGUGCACCUCCUAGUGCACCCAAAAUACGAAAAAGACAAGAAAGCAGUGGCCUUGAUAGAGUUGUGAAUGAACUUACUCAAUUUGGGGAAAAGAUCGUGGAUUUGAUGUCAAGGAUGGAAGAUGCUGACAGAGAGAGAGAAGAGCGAGAGAGAAGAGAGGCUGAACGAAGAGAUGCAUUCUUGCUCAAUGCAUUACGAAUUCUUACAGGACAACAAAUGGAAGAACCUGACAAUGCAAACCAGUAG